CCCUGUUUUGGUGUAGAUUAUCGAAUAAAAUCGGGCCUCAAAACACCUGUACCCGUGCCGUGGUUAGGGAAAACGUCGUAACCUAGCUCGGUGGCAAACGGAUCGGGAGGUGCCUCUUCAUUUCUUCGCUGAUAAACAUGAUUGUUUGAACGAAAUUGCGCCCCAGCUAUCGUGCGGAUAGGAAUUGAUUAGAAAAUAUUGACCUUCAGUGACACGAUUUGUGAGAGUGCAGCUGAAAAGUGGGUUGAAGUGGGUGAAUUUUCCCAAUUGCCUUGAAAAGCGAACGACUGCAGCGGCAGAAGGUGGUAAAAGUUUUGGGGAGGGGGCAAUCGACGCAUUUGCACACUUGCAUAACGACGACAACGAUAUCGCUAGCGCUCCCGGAGCGCAACGGAGGUGGUGGUGGCGCACGGAAACGGAUUAAGGCACCAGCUCACGGUAGCGGAUUCGAUAAAAUCGAUGGCUUUAGAUUUGCUUGGUCGUCAGAAAAUGCCAUUAGAUGGAUCCUCGUCGAAGCAACCUGCGGUUGGCUCUUCCUCGGUUAGUGGAAGUUCCGCCGGAGUUAGUACUACGGCAGGCGUCGGUGGACCAGCUGGAGUUGCUGGUGUUGGCGUGGGAGGAAAUGCCACUGGACCGGCAGUAACUGGCGCGACGGCCGGUGGUGUCAGCGGAACCUCGGUCAUGGGCAAACAGUUAACAGCGAAGCGCUCGUUAAAGCUGGGCAGUUUGGCGGAAGACAUAAUGCCCGGAUCGUUGGGAGGUGGCGAGGAACCGUUCCGAGCACGACUGCAUCAUCUGUUUUCACAGAUCGAGAAGGAGUUUGAACUAUUGCAUGUGGAAAACAUGAGCUUGCGUGAAAAAUUGGAAGCUGUCGCUGGUACUCCGCGUGAUUCAACCGUCGGUGAGAGGCUUCCACUACAGGACGCAUUCGAGGUGGAUGGAUCAGUAAAUAAGAGCUUCAAAUCGAAGCUUGGCAGUGCAGGCAGCAAGGUGAAGGCGGGUCACAAGCUUCGAGCACAGACGAGUCGCAUCGUUUCAAGCUUCAAGGCCCAGUCCGUCGUCAGCUCGUUAGUGCGCGAAUUCUGCGGCCACAAGGACGGUGUCUGGCAGGUCAGCACAAAAGCCGGCCAACCCAUCAUCGGUACCGCUUCGGCCGAUCACAGUGCAUGCAUUUGGGGCAUCGAUACGGGGCGAUGUCUGCUGCAGUAUCAGGGACACAGUGGAUCGGUCAACUCGAUCAAGUUUCAUCCAACGCGCGACAUCGUGCUGACUGGCAGUGGGGAUGCCACCGCUCAAAUAUGGCAAGCUGCCGUGAACUGGGAGAUACCGGCACGGAAGGGCCAUUCCUCGGAGGAGGAACUCGAGGAAGAGGAGGAAGGACCGUACGAAGAAAAGGAACGGAUUGAUGUGUUGCGGACGCCGUUGUGCGAAUUUUCCGGCCCCGGAGGACACACGGCGGUGGUAGUGGCAGCCGACUGGUUACCCGGUGGCGAUCAGGUUAUAACGGCCAGCUGGGAUCGGACUGCGAUUCUGUGGGACGUGGAAACACGGGAACCGUUGCAUCCACUGUGCGGUCACGAUCACGAGCUGACUCACGCGUCAGCCCAUCCGAGCCAACGGCUCGUUGUGACGGCUUCGCGUGAUUCCACCUUCCGGCUGUGGGAUUUCCGUGACUCCAUUCCGGCGGUUUCAGUUUUCCAAGGACACACUGAAAACGUCACCUCUACAGUAUUCACACGUGAUGACAAGGUAGUCUCCGGAUCAGAUGACCGGUCGGUGAAGGUAUGGGAGCUGCGUAACAUGCGUUCUGCGCUUACAACCAUCCGCACGGAUUCCGCCGUAAAUCGGUUGGCCGUGUCGGCCAGCGGUGUGAUCGCCAUCCCGCACGAUAAUCGCCAUAUUCGGCUGUUCGAUCUGAACGGACAGCGCAUUGCCCGGUUACCCCGUACGAGCCGCCAAGGCCAUCGACGUAUGGUAUCCGCAGUCGCCUGGACCGAGGAUAUCAGCUCAAACUGCAAUCUCUUCUCAAGUGGUUUCGAUCGGCGAGUGUUGGGCUGGGGCGUUUGUUUGCCACCCAAAGACAACUGAGCAACUAAUUCAUGGGUACGUGCAGGUAACCGCGUCAGAGGAUCGAAGCAGAGCAGGAAGCACAUGUCGUUUUUUGUUGUUUCGUUCGUUACAUUGUUUUAGUUUAUUCAAUAAUGGUUGUUUGUUGUGUAUGUUUCAUUGCGCGUUGCAUUGCCACCAACUACUUAGUCAUUAGAGUACACGGUACAGUAAGCUUCCCAGUGAUGCUGCGUCAGACGAAGGAAUUGUAGAAUCGGAAUCACAAUCGAUACUUGCUAGACGAAAUUAUUAUUCUGCUACAUGUUCGUGGCUCAACGACCAUGCUUGUUCUUGUUAACUUUCUCUUUGCAUCCGCAUCUUAAAUGUGUUGGAUUUUUGAAGGUUUUUUUUCUUCUUCCUUGUUUCAUUGCUAUGGCGGGAUAAAAAAGUCUCGGGUAAACUAAUCAAGGUAGCGCAAAUGCAAAAUGAUGCUAGAAUUAGCAAACGAGAAGAAUCUCAUUCACAUUCUGGGUAAAUAUUUAUAUGCGGUUUCAGGUCAUUUUUUAUAUUCUAAGCAUUUUUUUCUUCAAUAGAAAUAUUUAUGUUGUGGGACAGCUACCUCACAAAACUGAUUAGAUUUUGUGAAUGCUGGGAGAAAAAAAGCACACAAUUACCUUAGCAACACCUUAAUUUUUCAAACAUCAGCAGCAGAGAACACAAAUUAAUAUUUAAAUACAGUCAAUAUACAGUCACUAAUGGCACCUUACGGAAAUGGAGGAGAAUUCUAAUGUUCCAACUAUAUUUUAACCAGCAUCAGUUUGGGUGGAGCAGUUUGGGCAGUUCCAGGGUACGGGUUAGU